GAAGGGAACUGAAAGGGAAAGAGAUUGCCUGCGCCGGGGACGGGGUGGGCUGCGCGCCCCCCGGGGCGGCUGGCUCUCCGUCCGCGGGCGUGAGGGGCUGCCCGCCGCCGCUGCUGCCCUCCUGCCCGCGCUCCGAGGGAGGCGGGGGGGCAAAGUCUGGUCGCCGGGGCCAGCGCGUUUCUCGCCUGUCCGCCCUGGGGCUCUUCGGGACGAGGUUUUUCUUCUGCCGAGCCUGGCAGGGGCGGGGAAGCGAGUCGGGGACGGUCCCGCCGCCGACCGCGGGCAGCCGGCGCGGGACGCCCACGCGUGGGCCGGCGUGUCCGAGCGCGGAGAGGCGCCGCGGCGUCGGGGCGGCCCGUCCGGGGCGGGGCGGGGGUCUCACGUCUGCUGUCCCCCUUCCUCUCCGCUCCACAGGCAGCGCGAUGCUGAAGCCCGGCGACCCCGGCGGAUCCGCUUUCCUGAAGGUAGAUCCCGCCUAUCUGCAGCACUGGCAGCAGCUCUUCCCGCAGAGCGGCCAGCUCAAGAGCAGCGGGGCCCUCGCCCAGCUCCAGCCGCCCGACAGAGCCGAGCCCCCGGCCGACAGCCUCCGCCAGCGCCCGGCCUCUCUCUCCUCCGCCUCCUCGUCCUCUUCCUCCUCCACUCCGUCUUCCUCCUCCACCUCCUCCUGCGUGGCCGCGGCGGCCGCUUCCCUGGCCGGCCUGACCUCCCUGCCUGUGACCCAGCUCCCGGUCUUCGGGCCGCUGCAGAGCUCCGAGCCCCCGGCCGGGGGAGCGCCCGCUCCCCUGCAGGGCAAGGACUUGUGCGGGGCCGGCGGCGGCGGCAGCAAAUGCGGCGAGCGCGCUGCCGCCCGGUUCCGGUGCACGGCCGAGGAGCUGGACUACUACCUGUACGGGCAGCAACGCAUGGAGAUCAUCCCCUUGAACCAGCACACCAGUGACCCCAACAACCGCUGCGACAUGUGUGCCGAUAACCGCAACGGCGAGUGCCCCAUGCACGGGCCCCUCCAUUCCCUGCGCCGUCUGGUGGGCACCAGCAGCGCUGCCGCAGCGGCUCCUCCACCCGAGAUCCCGGAAUGGCUGCGGGACCUGCCCCGGGAAGUGUGUUUGUGCACCAGCACGGUGCCUGGCCUGGCCUAUGGCAUUUGUGCAGCACAGCGAAUCCAGCAGGGCACCUGGAUCGGGCCCUUCCAGGGAGUCCUGCUCUUGCCAGAGAAGGUUCAAGCAGGAGCCAUCAGGAACACUCAGCAUCUCUGGGAAAUAUAUGACCAAGAUGGGACACUGCAGCACUUUAUUGACGGUGGAGAACCCAGUAAGUCGAGCUGGAUGAGGUAUAUCCGAUGUGCAAGGCACUGCGGGGAGCAGAACUUAACAGUGGUUCAGUACAGGUCAAAUAUAUUCUACCGGGCUUGUAUAGAUAUCCCCAGGGGCACUGAGCUGUUGGUGUGGUACAAUGACAGCUACACGUCUUUCUUUGGAAUCCCUCUCCAGUGCAUUGCACAAGAUGAAAAUUUGAAUGUCCCUUCGACUGUAAUGGAGGCCAUGUCCAGACAAGACACCCUACAGCCAUUUAAUAAAAGUAGCAAACUAUCCCCUGCCACUCCACAGCGAUCCAUAGUAUUUCCACAGACUCCGUGUAGCAGAAAUUUUUCUCUCCUGGAUAAGUCUGGGUCCAUCGAGUCAGGAUUUAACCAGAUCAGUGUCAAAAACCAACGAGUUCUUGCAAGCCCAACUUCAACAAGCCAACUAAAUUCUGAGUUCAGUGACUGGCAUCUUUGGAAAUGUGGGCAAUGCUUUAAGACUUUCACCCAGCGGAUCCUCUUACAGAUGCAUGUGUGUACGCAGAACCCUGACAGGCCCUACCAGUGUGGUCACUGCUCCCAGUCUUUCUCCCAACCAUCAGAGCUGAGGAACCACGUAGUUACACACUCCAGCGACAGGCCUUUCAAGUGUGGCUACUGUGGUCGUGCCUUUGCUGGUGCCACAACGCUCAACAACCACAUCCGGACACACACCGGGGAAAAGCCCUUCAAGUGCGAGAGGUGUGAGAGGAGCUUCACACAAGCCACCCAGCUGAGUCGACACCAGAGGAUGCCCAAUGAGUGCAAGCCAAUAACAGAGAGCACAGAAUCAAUUGAAGUGGAUUAACUGAUUGACUGGUUGGAAUUAAACUGCAAGGAAAGUCAUGAUUAAAUGUCACGGACACUUAAGCAAAACCAAAGAUUUCCUCUGAGCAACUUUCAAUCAGUCCCAGAAAACCAAAAGCAGUAAUAAAAUAAGUAAGAUGUUAAGAGAUAUUGAUCCUGGCGUGGAAGUGAGACCAGGAAAGAGAUUAUUUAUUUAUGACUAGGGAUCAGUCUUAUUUCAAUUGACAAGUUACUUGGGACUGUUAACAUUUCAAGUCCCGCCAUGUAUUGCUUUAAUUCUAAAAGCCUUUAUAAUUGUUAUUUAACGCCAAAGUGAGGAAUCUCAAGGGUUCUUCUGCUCAUAGUUAUGACUGAGAAUGCACAUGGACUUGUUUAUUGUUGCACCUUUUUUUGUAGCAUGACUCGAAGGACCCAGAUUUAAACUGUACAUUUGGCUGGGCUGGGCUAAGUUGAUCCUGAUGUGGCUGUAAUAAAAAUUGCUGUGUGGGAUGGGAAGUGAUCAAGAGUGAUAUCUGGGUCAGUGUGAGCCUCCUCAGACCAAAGGGCAUUUCAUUUCCAUAGUCUCAUGCCUCACACUGUGUGCACUUUUUCAUGCAAGUAGUUUCAUUCAACAACAUUGCAUUGGCAUAGAUAUUCUGGGAAAAAAAAAGGCAAAAAAAAAAAAAGGCAAAAAAAAAGGAAUGUUGUAUAUCUGCAAAUUACAUUAUAUAAAGAAGCCAGUAGGAAAACUAUGUUAAACGAAUAGACCUCUCAAGUUCAGUCUAAUCGCUAUGAAAGACAGAGACAGCAGAAAGUAUUUUAAAUAUUUAAGAUUCCAGAGUAUGUGUAAAUUUUAUUAUGAGGAGCAAAAAGCCAGGAUGAUGUUUUUUGCUUGGGUGAUUGAUUUAAUGGCUUGCUGAUGUCUAGGAAAACUGAUCAGAAAUCCAAGCUGUAGUCCAUUGAUAUUUUCACUCAGUUUGGAUCAACUUGCUUCUGUAUUAAAUGAAACUUUCAACAUACUUGGGCUGAGCUUCAAAACAAAUGCUAAAUCUUACCUCAGAUAUUUUGUAAAUGACUUGGAGGCUUCAUAAUAUUCACUUCAUGGAAAUUUGCCUGAUACAGUCAUGAAUGAAAGGAAGCCAAAAUAUUGCCAACAUCAAUGUAAAAAGCUCAAAUAUCAUGACAUUCAUUCAAUUUAACAGUUUCUGUAUUGGCUUUCUUCAAGCUUUUAUCCUUGGUGUGUUUCAGAUUUCAUGAUUUUGUCUAAUCAAAGAAUGGUUUUCACUUCUAGAGACCAGCAGUGUUUGUUUAUAUAUUGAUUGUCUCAAUGCUAGAGCUGUAGUUUGAUAAAAAUGUAAAAAAAAAUAAAAAAAACCACAAAAAAAUGAAAAAACCACAAAAACAACAACAACAAAAAAAACCGUCCGAAAAGAAACCAAUAACACCAAGAAGCAAAACCUAAACAGUUCUGAGGUCAUGCUAUAUCAUAAGGUAAAACUGCAAAAUAAAUUUUUGGAGAUUAUGGGGAUCAAAACAGAUUCAUUCAGUUUUGCACCAAAACUGAAGUGCUAGGUGGCUCAUAAGGGCUUAGUUGAUUAUAUUAAAUAUUUUAAAAACAUUUAUGGGGAUGAUUUUAAAUAUGUAGAGAAUUAAGUAUCCAGUUCUGUAAAGGGCUAGACAGAAUCAGCUACAAAUUUAGUAACAGGUUCAGACCAUUUAUGAAUUCUGCAAAGAGCUCAAGCGGAAAAAGAGCAUACAGUAAAAUUCAAAUACAUUUAAAAGGAAUUUAAAAGCUAAGACAUCCUUACUUCAGGAUGGUUGUUUAUUAUAUCGCAGAAACUACACUGAAGAAUCUGAAUUUUCCAAAGCUUUGCAGGGAAUUACUUCAGGAGUUACUGUGUUGCCAUUAAAAACGUAAAACAUUUUGGAAAAAAAAGAUUUUUUAAUCGUUCUAGCAAGCACCAGAUUAUCUCAUAAACGGACUUCAGCCCUGGGAGUUUUUCAGCUCUGUUUCGCAGUGCAGAGAUAUGGGGAGUGAGCAAUUCUGUCGUCACCUGCCUCAUUUUAUCCUCCAAAUUAUGAGGUAUUUUUAGCUACUAUAUAAAUGUGUUUGUUUGUUUGUUUGUUUUUUAGGUUCAAAGAAGCAUGGGAAGCUGGGUAGGAAGAAUUGUAACUUAAAGGUGAUUAUUUGAACAUUAUUUUGUUCCCAGCAAGGCUAAUGAAACAAAAAAACCCGAAAUCUGAUCCUAAACAUUUCAGACCCUUAGCCUGGUAGUUCACACCUUCCCUUAUUUAAGAGACUAAAUGUAAAGUAACAUCUGGAUGGGGCACCAGCUUUUAGUUAACAUUUGAACAGCAGCAGUAGAUCAUUUCUGCAAGCAAACAGAUGUUCUCACCAGAAAAAAAAAAAAAAAAAGGCAGAAAUUUAUAAAUAGAGUAAGUGGGAAAAGAGAUAUGCCAUUCUCUGAAAAGCAAAUGUGAGCUAUCUGAUAGAUCACUGACUUCUGCUGUUGCAUUAUCUAACUGUGCUCUCCUGUUCAGGGAUGUGGUUAGUGGUAGCGCAGAGCACUCAGCCUCUUGCAGAAAGGGAUUUAUGUUUGAAUCCUAUAAUGCAAAGAGCACCUAAGUGUGUGCUUACAGAUAUUGCAAGUUCCCUGCUGAAUAUAAAUAGGCUUACUUAUAUGUUUUUAAUUAAAGAUGUGUCUAAAUAUUCUCCUGAAUGGGUGUGAAGUAAAGAUCAAUUAUUUCAAGAUUUCACUGGAUUUUUAAAAAAAUGCACCAGAGUAGGAUUUCUGCAGAACUUACUUUUUUCUUCCAAAUAAUUCUUUCUUGUGUAAAUCACAAUGUUGUGCCAGACACCUAAGCACAAUUUCAGUCAUUGUAUUAUUUUGUACAUGGCACUUUCACAAUAGAUUUGGCAGCAUACAAAAGCAAUUCAGUGAAAACCCAUGAUUUCGUAGUGGGUCUUUCUUGAGUACAAUAUUUGGCAUUCUGUUACAAUACAGCAAAUGUGAAACUAACAUCGACAAGUUAAAAUAGAUUCUAGGUUUGGACUAAACAGAAUCUAGUUCUAGUUCCUGUCUGCACUUCCCGAAUGCUGAGUGAGUUUCUGUUCAUGUGUCAACAGAACAACCAUACAUUUAGGUCUAUUAUGAAUACAGUAUGUGUUUGCACACAGUAAACUGAAGCAGUAAAUGUAGUACAAUUAUCUUUAAAUGUAGUGAUUAUGUGCCUGCCAUUUCAGAAUUUCUGAAGCACUUGGCAUCUCUGUUUUGUAGUCUGGUAAAUAAAUACAAGCUUGGUUUUUUAAUUUUUUUGUCCAACCCUGAGCACGUUGGAAGUCAUAUUUAAAACUUGUGCCUAGUUCUGAUUUUUUUUCAGUGUGGAAUUAAAUUUUAUACAUUCAUAUAGUUAUUCCUUUCAGAAAGACAUUAGGUCCAUUAUGAACCUGCAGUUAUAGACCCCAAAUACAAUCUUUACAAUCUGAUUGUCUUCCCAUGAAAGAAAGCUGAGUUGGGAAUAAUGUAAUAAUUACAGCACAUUACAUAGUAGAAACUUACAAGCAAUGAUGUGUAUAUCUUAUCUUUUGGUAACAUCAUCUCUUCUUUUAAUUAUUAUUUAUUAUUUGUAUGGUGCCAUUAUGUUAUGUGAUGAUGUCUUAUAGCUGACAAAAUGAUGUGAUUUCAGAGGAAUAAAUAGGUGAAAGUCCAAAAGUAAGUCCUCAUUGCUUUUGAGAGUCAUUAAUUGCUAUUAUUUUUUUUUUUUUAACUACAAUUAGAACACUCUUCUGUUUCAUCCAAGUCCUUUCUGUGGAUAAGAUUCCAUAAAAUAAAAUAUUCUGGGCCUGCAUGAAGUCUUUUUUUUCUUUUUAUAAUAUUUUGUCUAGAUUUUGGAAGUUUUGACAUCAUCAAGCCAAUCUGAAAAAGUGCAUAAAUCCACCAAAUAGAUGUAGAAUACGCUGAAGGGGUCCUCUGUUGUAAUAAAAAUGACACUGUAAUUAGAAAGGUAAACAGCUUGCUUGCAUUUUUUAAACUUCAAAAAAUUGCAUCUUUUUUACUGCAAAGGACCAAUUAAGUCAUGCAUGUAGCUGUAUUCUUGUGAUAUCAACUGUAAGGAUUACAUUGUGUUUAAAUGAAAAUUAAC